AUGCAGGCCAUGCCCGACAACCGCCAGCAGAGCUUUGACGAGAUCUACGGCGCUCCAGAGAACUUUCUCGAGAUAGAGGUCCGUAAUCCGCGAACGCACGGCAUGGGCCGCUCCAUGUACACCGACUACGAGAUUCUGUGCCGCACCAACAUCCCUGCCUUUAAGCUGCGCCAGAGCUCCGUCCGCCGCCGCUACUCGGAUUUUGAGUACUUUCGCGACAUUCUCGAGCGCGAGAGCGCUCGCGUGACCAUCCCGCCCCUCCCCGGCAAGGUGUUUACGAACCGCUUCAGCGACGACGUGAUUGAGAGUCGACGCGCGGGCCUGGAAAAGUUUCUCAAGAUUGUCGUGGGACAUCCGCUGCUGCAGACGGGCAGUAAGGUGCUCGCUGCCUUUGUACAGGACCCUAACUGGGACAGAAACGCUUGGUAG